UUUUUUUUUUUUUUUUUUUUUUGCACAAUCCUAAAUGUACUACGAAAAUAGUUGGCGCUUCUAUUAAAAAAAGAAAGAGACAGACGAAAAAAAAAAAGCAUCGAAGCUUGUUAAGCUAUUACGCCGGUAGCAAACAAACCUUCGACCGUUGAGAAAAUCAAUUCAACCUUUAAGCUCGAGUUCAAGUCAAUACCCUACCUACCUAGAAUACCUACCGACUCACAGCAACUUCACUUUACUUGUGAUUGUUGUCGCCCCUAUCAACUGACCUGCGACAAUUCGGUGACUCAACCUUCUCUAUAUCUUUUAUUUCGAGGUAGAUCGAUUUCCCAGACUUGCGACCACAGUUCAUACCAAGAGAGGCACCCCUGGGUCCUCGAUUUUUCUGAGGCAUAAUGGCUGAAAUGCUCAGUGAGGAGCAGGUCGAAGGCCUCCUGACUAUCCUUAAGAAGGACAUCUCUGUCGAUGCCAAGGUCCAACAUGUCACCGCCGUCAAAUCUGCUAUUAAGCACUACAGUGUACCCGAUGUCUGCGUCGCGCCGCUCUUCGAAGCCUUGCGGCUUGCCUCUAGCUCGCAACAUUCCUUGCUCGUGACUGCCGGCUUCACCACCCUAAACCACCUCCUGACGCGUAUGUCGCUACAAGAGCCCAAAUAUCUCGCCAGGGAGGCGAAACAGACCUUACCGCUUAUCAUCGAGAAGAUGGGUGAUCAAAAGGACAAGAUCAGAGUUCUGGGCAUACAAGCAAUGACUACCAUGUACAGCCACGUACCGAUAGAUGCCGAGAGAUUUGUGCGCAAUACCGCCAUGGUUGGGAAGAACCCAAGGGCAAAAGAGGCUGGCAUGCAAUGGCUAUUACAGAUGCAUAAAGAGAACGGCUUGCAAUUCCGUGCCUACGUCCCAACCUUAAUGGAGUUAUUAGAAGAUGCCGAUGGCAUGAUUCGAGACGCGGCCAAAAGCACCGUGAUAGAGCUAUUCAGGGAUGCCCCGAAUCCAGCGAAGUCGGAUUUAAAGAAGCAACUGAAGAACUUCAAGGUGCGACCUGCUAUAGAGCAGGCUAUCGUGAAAGAAUUAAUCCCAACGUCUACAAGAGCCGAUCCGGAAUCCAGACCACCUUCCGCAAUGCAGACGAGACCAGCUUCAGCAAUGCAGGCGAGACCGAACCUUGCUGCGAGCGUCUCAUCCCUUGCCAGUGAACGACCGGUAACUCCAAUGAUCGAAGCCAAGGUCGAUGCGGUUGAGCCCUCUUACGUGAAUACCCAGCGCGAACUAGAGGAUAUUUUCAGAGAUAUGCACCCGUGGUUCGAAGGGAAAGAGACGGAACAGAACUGGCUGAAGAGAGAAGAAAGCGCCAUCAAGUUGCGAAGGCUUAUGGUUGGCAAUACACCAUCGGAUUUCCCUGAUGCAUUUAUUGCUGGCUGUCGGGCUCUACUGGAUGGCCUUCUCAAAGCCGCCAACUCCCUACGAACCAGUCUGUCGAAAGAAGGUUGCGCUCUUGUCCAAGAUCUCGCGAUCACCUUCGGACCCGGCAUCGACCCAAUGGUUGAGCUUCUCAUGCAAACCUUUAUCAAACUAUGUGCUGCCACGAAAAAGAUUAGUUCUCAGUUGGCUAACACGACGGUGGAUAUUAUCAUUGGAAGAGUCACAUAUAAUGCUAGAAUCAUGCAACAUGUAUGGAAUGCUUGUCAAGAUAAGAAUGUGCAGCCGAGGACGUAUGCGACAGGCUGGCUGAAAACUCUCUUGAAGAAAGAGUCGCAUCACAAGAACCAUUUUGAGCACGGCGGGGGCUUAGAUAUGGUCGAGAAGUGUUUAAAAAAGGGCCUCAACGAUGCCAACCCCGGAGUUCGUGAGAAGAUGCGUGCAACGUACUGGGCAUUUGCCGCUAUUUGGCCAGCAAGAGCAGAAGCAAUUAUGGAUGGUCUCGAGGCUACCGCACAGAAACUUUUACAGAAAGAUCCUAAUAAUCCAAACUCGCCGAAGAAGGCUGAACCAGCCGCACGCGCACCGCUAGGUCUCUCGAAGAGCACCACGACGAGCUCAAAGCCUUCGUUAAGGGAUACCAUGUUGGCGCAGAAGAAAGCUUUAUCUACGAGAAAUCUUCCUUCUCGCCCGGGUUCUGCCAUGGCGACAGUCACGCCGGCGCGAAAUGUAUCUAAUACGUCAUCGAAUAUGUCGUCUUCACAGGCGGCUGCUUCUACAACCCGGACACGCCCAGAGAGUGCGGCGAAGUCCCAUGGAGGCAUGUCGGUGGCCCCAAUGCGGCCAGCUAGGAGGAGACCGGAUAUUGCCCCUCGACCUGCUACUGCUGGACCAUACUCGGUUAGGACGCACGAUGGGCCAUCGAAAGAGCAUACAAGCCCUCCUCCUGAGAAAGCGAAGUCCAAAACUGCAACACCAAAGACGAUCUCGGGGUCUCCUAGGCGGACUGCCCCCAGAACUCGGCCUGGCCAUGUAUCAACUGCUAGCGAAUCUAGCAUUCAGACGCCUUCCAAGGAGCCCCCUUCCAAAGAAUUUAAGGAAUCGAAAGAAGUGGCCAGUAAAGAAGUCCCUUCUCCAAAGCUGCCGAGUCCAACGAAGGUCAAGCCACAGGCAAACAACGCCGGUUCAAGCAGUCCCACCAAUUCAAAUGAAGACAUUACUCUUCUUGUGCCAACCGGUGCUCAUUUGAAGGAGAGUGUACAGUCGAGUCCACCCAAAUCAUCUCCCCAGGUAUCAGCAAUGAUUCCAGACGAAGCCAUAGCUACUCCGAAGGUUGCCACACCUUCGCCAUCAAAAUCCCUAAAGGUGUACGAAGAUCCAUUUACUGGGAACCAAGCCACUCCCCGUCCCGCAGCAAAUAGCAUAAUAGAGCGGUCGGUGCUGGAAGACAGACCUGUCAAUGAGGAUGCCGCCAACCUCUCACAAGUACCUACAGAGGCACCAGAGGCAGCUAGUACCCCUGUUGCCCCCGACAAAGCUCGUCAAAACAAUCGUCUUAUCGACAGUGGCAUCGCUCGGGUGAAGGCACAGACGCUUGACGUACAUGGCUUCCGUAAGGUACAGAGCCUUCUUCGCGAUAGUAAAAUACACCUGGGUGAUGAUAAGUUCGAUGCCUUGCUGGUAGGACUAUUCGAGUAUCUUGAAUCUUCCCUGGACAACCUUCCCACCGAAAAGGUACAAGAUGUUAAGGCACAGGUUCUUGCGACCAUUAAGUUGAUGCUUAGGAGAUCUCGUGACAGAUUCCAACCUCACGUGUCCCGUGGGCUGGAGGCUUUGCUUUCAGCGCGGACUCGAUAUGAUGCCCGGACACAUAUUGUGAGCGGACUUGAGCUGCUUGCGGACGAGCUUGUGGUGAUUGGCGACGCAGAUGAGAUCACGGUAACGAUGACGAAGAAGUUGAAUAAUAUGGAUAUGGACACGUCGGGCCACCGCAGCACGAGUAUGGGACUCCAUGUGCUAAAGGAGCUUGUUGACUCGAGGAAGGAGUUUUCACCUAGCGAGAGUGAGGUUACUGGCUUGCUAGCCUUGGCAAGUAGGUGUCUUGAGAGCAAGGAGAGUGGAGUGCGGAUGGACGCUGUUCAGCUCUGUGUUGCUUUACAUGCUCGGUUGGGAGAGGCCAGGUUCUGGGACAGCAUGAAGAGUAUUAAGGAAGACCCCAAGAGCCUAAUUACGUAUUAUAUCGUAAAGCGGCAACGGGAGAACGGUACUGCUUCUUAGGCGACGGAAAAGGAUGAGGGGGUGGUUUUUUUCUUCUUCAAUUCUCCAACCCACCUCAUGGUCUAGGGCACGCUUUACAUCUUACUAUCCUCUUAUUGCAGACUUUUUGUUCGGCGCUAACGGAAUGGGCAUUGUAUUUCAAUCGACGCUUUUCACUUCACUUCACUGUAUACCAUUAAUAGGGGAGGAAGGGGAGAGGAAGAGGAAGAGGAAGAAGGGAUUUGAAUACAUGUACUUUAUGGUUUGGCAUUUUGCUGUACUUUUGGAAGCUGCUACAUAUGUGCUUCCGUGUAAUAAAAAGAGUCUAAGAGAAAGAGAAAAAGAAGAAUCAAGUGUUUCGGUGCCGGGACGAGGGACGGUUUGAUCGGGAAUGAGAAGAAAGGGGGGGUUUUUCAUAGAAAAGAAAACUAGAUUAAGGGAGGGAGGGAAGGGUA